CCCCUCUGCCUGCAUCUCUCCUCCCGCCGCCUGGGUGCCAUGGCAACGGAGAGAGCAGGCAAUCUGGCUUCCGGAAGCCCGAGAGCUACACCCUGGAAGCUCCCCGGGUCAAAGGAUGCUGAGUCCCGAGCGCCUAGCCCAACCCGACUAUGAGUAUCUGGCCCAGCGCCAUGUGCUCACCUACGUGGAGGAUGCCGUGUACCAGCUGCUGGAGAACAGGGAGGACAUCAGCCAGUACGGCAUCACCAGGUUCUUCACUGAAUAUUUUAACAGUGUAUGCCAGGGAACUCACAUUCUCUUUCGGGAAUUCAGCUUCAUCCAAGCCACCCCCCACAACAGGGCCUCAUUUUUACGGGCCUUCUGGAGAUGCUUCCGAACCGUGGGCAAAAAUGGCGACCUGCUGACCAUGAGGGAGUACCACUGCCUGCUGCAGCUGCUGUGCCCCGACUUCCCACUGGAGCUCACCCAGAAAGCAGCCAGGAUUGUGCUCAUGGACGACGCCAUGGACUGCUUGAUGUCUUUUUCAGAUUUCCUUUUCGCCUUCCAGAUCCAGUUUUACUACUCAGAAUUCCUGGACAGUGUGGCUGCCAUCUACCAGGACCUGCUGUCUGGCAAGAAUCCCAAUACAGUGAUCGUGCCAACGUCAUCCAGCGGGCAGCACCGCCAGCGACCCGCCUUGGGCGAGGCUGGGGUGCCUGAAGGAGUGGAGGCGGCGCUGUUCUACCAGUGCCUGGAGAACCUGUGUGACCGGCACAAGUACAGCUGCCCGCCAUCGGCACUAGUCAAGGAGAUCCUGAGCAGCGUACAGAGACUGACCUUCUAUGGUUUCCUCAUGGCCCUCUCCAAGCACCACGGCAUCAAUCAGGCCCUGGGAGCUCUGCCUGACAGAAGGGACCUGAUGCAGGACCCAGCUGGGGACGAAGAGCUGGAGCGGCUGCUCGCCCAGGUCCCCGGCCUGGUCCCUGCCGCCGCCGCCACGCCGGAGCCUGGCUGCCCAGCGCCCCGGAUCUUGCCCCGGGUGGGCUCCCCGUGGAGACCCCUUCACCACCCCCGCAAGGUGGACACGGAGAGCGACGGCUCCACGGAGGAGACGGACGAGUCGGAGACUUGAGGCCGUCGCAGGCCUCGCCCCCGUCCUGCCCCCUGCCGGCGAGAGGCCGAGCAGCAGCCCCGCCAGAGCCCCAAACUGGGACUGAGACCACCUUGCCCCAGAGGGGGCGACAGCGGGAAAAGGGGUCCGGGACACCUGAGCGUGCGCACUGGGCGGACACCCACCUAGGUUGAGUGAGGAGGGGGGAGUGGGCAACAGUGCCGUUGCCAAACCCGCCCCCAAGUCCUGUGUCCAGCAGCCAAACCCUAGCCGAAUAAAGUCCCUUGUGUGUGGUGA